AUGUCGUCGUCGCUCGAAGCCAAGAUUGUCGUCCUCGGCUCGCAGGGUGUCGGCAAGACGUCGCUCGUGAUGCGGUAUUGCAAGGGCUCGUUCAACCCGUCGCAGAUCACAUCCACGGUCGGCGCCAGCUUCCUGACCAAGCGGGUCAUUGACACCGACACGGACACGUUAGUUCGUCUGCAAAUAUGGGACACUGCUGGCCAAGAACGCUUCCGCUCCAUCUCUCGCCUCUACUACCGCGGCGCCAACGCCUGCAUCUUGUGCUACUCGGUAACCGAUGCGCGAUCGUUCGCUGAGAUGGGCAUGUGGCUGACAGAGCUGCGACGCAACCUGCCGCCGGACAUUGUGCUGCACGUCGUGGGCACCAAGGCCGACAUUGUGGCGCGGGACCCGUCGCGCCGUGAGGUGCCGUUCGAGCGGUGCAUCGCCUAUGUGGCCGAGAACCUGAACCCGGGCAUGGGUUCGACUCCGCCGCCCACGGCCUCAGCCGCUGUGUCCCCGGGCCCUGGCGGCUUCAGCGUCCUCCCGUCACCUUUUUCUCCUUCACAACAACAACAAUCAUCACCACAAUUAUUAGGCGUCCACCACCACCACACCAACACAAGCGGAGGAGGAGGAGGAGGGAUAGAACCCCGCUCGCCCUCGAGCAAGCGCUCGUCCGGGUUCUGGGGGCAGGAGGUCGGGUGGGACGCAUGCCACGAGAUCUCGGCCGAGACGGGCGAGGGCGUCGAGGAGGUGUUCCGCGUCGUCACGCGCAAGCUGGUCGAGCAGAAUCGCAAAAUGCAGGCCGCCCUGCUGGCCGCCACCGCCGCAUCUGCCGACCUUGCUGCUGCUAAUGCGGCUGCUGCGGGGGGGUAUUUUGAAGGUGUCACCCCCCGAGGAGGAGGGGGCAGUUUCCGCGUUGGCAGGGACCGGAGGAGCUGGCUGUUUUCUCCUGGGUUCUCGCCCGCUGUUGGGAUUGGGGAGGACGGCUACGGUCCAGAUGGGGACAGGAGGGGUGAUGCGGACGGUCGGCAGGGGCGGAGGUGUUGUUGA